AUGGCGGUCAGUCCUGCCCAGAUGGGGCAGUUGGCGCAGCUGUUGACGCAGACGGUGGCAGGAAACAUGCAGGCCAUGAAAGCUGCUGAACAACAGCUGCGAUCGGCCGAAGUGCAGCCUGGGUUUGGAUUGGUUCUUCUAGAGCUCCUGCGUUCUGGCAGCGUGGAAGCGGCUGCUAGGCAAGCUGGAGCGAUUUAUUUCAAGAACUAUAUUCGGCGACAGUGGUGCGUCGAAGGCGCUGGUGGCAUUUCAGCUUCCGACAGACAGGCCAUCAAGCAGCAUAUCCUUUCACUUAUGCUUCAAGCACCGAAACAGGUGCAGGUGCAGUUGUCUGCUGGUUUGGAAGAGAUUUCCAUCACCGACUACCCUGCAGAGUGGCAGUCGCUGUUGCCUGAGAUUGUGCAGCACCUGAAAUCAUCGCAGGACAUGUCCGUUCUGAAGGGAACGAUGCAGACAGCACACACUGUGUUUCUAAAGUUUCGAGCACAGGCAAGAUCUGAGGAUCUCCUCAGAGAAGUGAAGUACACUGUGGAGGGCUUUCAAGAGACCCAUCUUGCAGUUUUCACGGCAACCUGCAGGCAAGUUCUUGCUGGCGGUUUAGCGGCUGAUCAGCUGAUCGCUCAUUUUGAGCUCCUGUUAGCCACCAUCGGUGCGUUCUUCUCGCUGAACGUUAUAGACCUCCCUGAGUUCUUUGAGGAUCACAGAGAGGACUACUUCCGAGGUUUUCUGGAGCUGCUGAAGUUUCAGCAUGAGGCCGUGGCUGGAAAAGAGCAACAGGGACUCCUUGAGCAGGUGAAAGGUGCCAUUUGUGAGUGUCUCGUGCUCUACGCUGAAAAGUAUCAGGAGGAGUUCAUGCCCUUCUUGCUUCCUUGUGUCAACGAGGUUUGGAGUCUACUCGUGGGUCUAGACCAGCAGGAGAAGAACGAUCAGUUGGUGGCCAAGGGAAUUCAGUUUCUGUCUUCUACCGCGGCGACUCACUGGCCUCAGUCUCCAUUUGAGGACCCAAAUGUCCUGUCUGGCAUCUGUGAAAAGGUUGUGUUUCCAAACGUUCUGCUUCGAGACUCAGAUGUCGAGCUUUUUGAAGACAAUCCGCUGGAGUAUGUGCGGCGGGACAUGGAAGCAGCUGACCAG